AUGGGUGCUAAGCUUACUGUUAUAGAAAAUAGGUGCAACGAUGAUAUUGAAAUUAGAGUUUGGGUUCCUCCGGCCCGACCCGACAAAUUCGAAAGAAUUAUAAGAAUCGAAGGUGAAGGUGGAUGGAAGGAAGUGAAUUCCAAGAAUUUCAUCCAUGGAAACACUACGAUUCUUGAUGAUAAUGAUGAUGAUGAAUUUGUAUCGUCUACGUUGUUAAUGAUUUAUAUUGAUGGUGUUUAUACAGGAUAUUACUUUCUUCCAAUUCACUUAGUAAAAUAUGCGAAAGUCAUCUGCGACAUAAAUGAAGAUGGACUUUUUGUUGUUCAAGGAAUCAAACCAACAUUCAAUUUCUGCAGAUUCAAGGGUUGCGCCUUUUUUCCUUAUCUCAGAGGAAACAAAAAGGAGAUGAUUUGAACCUGCAGUAUUUAUGUUUGGUAUUUUGAAUCGAUGGAAUGCACAAAUUUAGAAAUAUGAAGUUUUGAUGAUAGACAAAGAUACUGAA